AUGGGGAUGAGAGGCGGCUUUGGGCCUACUCCACUGAUGCCGGAAUCCAGUAGACAUCAGUCAGGUGAUUGGCGACAAUCAUUAGCGGCUUUGUUAUGCAUACUAUUGUGUUUCGUUGUUUUGCUUUCUGUAUGUUGUGCUGGAAUAUAUCUGAUCAAAGAUAAACCUGUUUACGAGGAAUUAAUUGAUUACUUGGACAAAUCGAUUGCAAUCAGUAAAAUUAAUUAUAAUCAACAACUUGGAUUUUUUGAACUCGCAGAAAAUGAACUGCAAAUAUUAGAACAGCAUCGAAUGCUAUUUUUUGUGCUAGCAGUAUUAUACUGUGUAACGGAGGUGCAUGUAUUGGCAUUUAUGAUUUUUCCAUAUGCAUCAUUGCUACCAACUGUCACCGAGAAUUUAUUGAAUCACGCGAUACCGUACAAUCCUGGUGGAUUAGUACAGAUGGAACAAAGACUUGGAUGUAUCUUUGAUUUAAAUCUUUACGCAGCACAAAAAAGGAAGCAGAAUCCAUCGAAUACUUGCGAUCCAUACAUUUCGUCAGCUUUCAUAGGAAAAGGCACACUUUGGACAUUGUUAGUCCUACGUUUAAUACCAGUGGUCUUUUUCGUAGUAUUAAUUAGCAAAAAGGUGGCAUUAAGUGAGGCAUUGGCAUCGGUAGCACAACGAUUUCGAGCAGCAAUAAGGUCUGGCAAUCCAAGGAGCAAAAAAGUAAAUUAUAAACAAAAUUUUACGAACGGUAAAAGGACAAUAAUAGGUGUUCCAUCAUCAACAACAACAACCACUCGGCCCAAUGUUGCAUCAUCACAGCCAGCUCUAUCAUUGCCUGCCGAUAACGAUCACAGCACAAGCUACAAUAAUGCCGCAUUUUUUGCGACAUCGGGCGCACCUGGUCUAACUGGCUUAAAUAGCUCAAGAAGUAGCGAAAUAUCAAGAAGUGAUGCUAUCGAUUUGUACAGGCCAUCGGUGCAGACAAGUAGUAGUAUAAUGUCAGAGGUUUAA